AUGAACAGACCCAUCCUCCCCCGGCGCUGCCCGCGGGAGGCCACUAGGGGCGGCACAGCAGCGCGGGGCCCUGAGCCACGCCGGUCCCUGGCCUCCGCCAGCCCCGGUUCUCCUCCCCGGCCGGCAUCGCUACUCGAGGCCGGGGUCUGGCCGGGGCCUUCUCUCACCUACGGGCUUGUGGCCCAGCAUGGCGUGGAAGAGGCAGACCUCCACCUCGGGACUCCACACCACCGCCUCCUCGGCCGGCGCGCCGGGCUCCGGGGCCGCCCCGCCCGCGGGCACGGGGGGCUUCUCCGCGCCGCCGGCCGAGCCGCCCUCCGCCUCGCCCAUCGCCCCGCGCGGCCCCGGAAGCGCCGCCGCGGCCACGGCUGCACGGCGCCGCAGCGCCCCCUGGCGGCCGCCCCGAUCCCUGCAAUGGCGGGGGGUCAGUGGCUGCCCCUGCCCUUCAGCCCUGGUGCCCCCUGGCGGCCACCUCGAGCCCUGCAGUGGCGGGGGGUCAGCGGCUGCCCCCUGCCCUUCAGCCCUGGUGCCCCCUGGCGGCCACCUCGAUCCCUGCAAUGGAGGGGGGUCAGCGGCUGCCCCCUGCCCUUCAGCCCUGGUGCCCCCUGGCGGCCACCUCGAGCCCUGCAGUGGCGGGGGGUCAGUGGCUGCCCCCUGCCCUUCAGCUUGGUGCCCCCUGGCGGCCACCUCGAGCCCUGCAAUGGAGGGGGAGUCAGCGGCUGCUCCCUGCCCUUCAGCCCUGGUGCCCCCUGGCGGCCACCUCGAGCCCUGCAAUGGAGGGGGAGUCAGCGGCUGCUCCCUGCCCUUCAGCCCUGGUGCCCCCUGGCGGCCACCUCGAGCCCUGCAAUGGCGGGGGGUCAGCGGCUGCCCCCUGCCCUUCAGCCCUGGUGCCCCCUGGCAGCCACCUCGAGCCCUGCAAUGGAGGGGGGUCAGCGGCUGCCCCCUGCCCUUCAGCCCUGGUGCCCCCUGGCGGCCACCUCGAUCCCUGCAAUGGCGGGGGGUCAGCGGCUGCCCCCUGCCCUUCAGCCCUGGUGCCCGCUGGCGGCCACCUCGAGCCCUGCAAUGGAGGGGGGAUCAGCGGCUGCUCCCUGCCCUUCAGCCCUGGUGCCCCCUGGCGGCCACCUCGAUCCCUGCAAUGGCGGGGGGUCAGCGGCUGCCCCCUGCCCUUCAGCCCUGUGCCCCCUGGCGGCCACCUUGAGCCCUGCAAUGGAGGGGGGGUCAGCGGCUGCCCCUGCCCUUCAGCCCUGGUGCCCCUGGCGGCCACCUCGAGCCCUGCAAUGGGGGGGGGGUCGGCGGCUGCUCCCUGCCCUUCAGCCCUGGUGCCCCCUGGCGGCCACCUUGAGCCCUGCAAUGGGAGGGGGUCAGCGGCUGCUCCCUGCCCCUCAGAUCUGGUGCCCCCUGGCGGCCACCUCGAUGCCUGCAAUGGGGGGGUUCACUGGCUGUUCCCUGCUCCUCAGCCCUAGUGCCCCCUGGCAGCUGCCCCAAUCCCUGCAAUGGGGGGGCAGGGGUAGGGUCAGCAGCUGCUCCCUGCCCAUCAGCUCUGGUGCCCCCUGGCGGCCGCCUUGAUCCCUGCAAUGGGGGGGGUCAGCGGCUGCUCCCUGCUUCUCAGUCUUGGUGCCCCCAGGUGGCUGCCCCGAUCCCUGCAAGGGGGGUUCAGCGCUGCUUCCACCUGGCAGGUACUCCUUGCCCCUCAUCUCUGGUGGCUACUCUGAUCCCUGCAAUGGGGGCUCAGCGCUGCUUCCCCCUGGCAUCUCUUCUUGCCCCUCAUUUCUGGUGGCUGCCUUGGGCUCUCCACACCUGGGGUCUAUAAAUGGGCCUGAGUCCCAGCCAGGGAGCUUAGAUCCUCCAGGAGAGGGUGAGGGGGCCAGUCUGGCUGCCUUCUCAGAGCUAGCCCCCUCUUGGGGUGCAAGCCCUGGGGUUCCUGAGGUACUGGAGAGAUUGGGGUGGGGGACAUCUCUCUUCGAUGCCCUCGGUGCACAUCAGACCUAUGGGGUCUGGUUCAGGCCUGUCUCUUGAUCACAGGCCUUGGGAUUUCUGAAACCCAGCCCCAGGCUAUGUCAAGUUGGGCACCAAAACCAAGCUCAGACCAGUGGGCACAGCUGAGAAUCUUGGUCUUUCACCCUGUCUACAAUACAGUAGCAUGGCUGCACUCUGAAUGCUUCCUCGACCUAGCUGCAUCUACAGUGGGGGUUAGGUCGACCUAACUAGGUGCUCAGGAAGCAAAAUUUUUCACAGCCGUAAGCAAUGUAGCUAGGUCGAUCUAAUUUUAAGCCUAGACCAGGCCUUAGUCUCUCUGUCUCUUUGCAAAUCUUAUUUUUUAUUAUUAUUUUUUUAUUUUUAUCUUAUUUUUAUUGCAAAUCUUAUAUCUGAUUUUGCAAAUUAAGAUGGGGAUAAUUAAUAGUUUCACUACCUCUGAGCCCACUUAUGGGAAGUCCUAAUUAAUUUAAUAGAAAAUAACUUUCCUAGAGGUUUUUUGAACCAGCAUAAAGAUUUUACUAUACAAAAUUCUCUCUCUUCAAUAGGCUGGUAUAAAGAUAUCUAUAGAUGUGUUCUCAUUCUCUAUUAAAUUCCACAAUUUUUUAGAGUAGUUUCUAUAGAACCCUACAAUGUUCAUCCCUAUUCAUUUUUAUCAGAUGUUUCUAUAAGGGGUACAAUAUUAUCAUUAUUUGUAUUCCAGUAGAACUGAGAGGCCCCAGUUGAAGGUGCUGGUGUUAGGUGCUGUGCACAUACAUAGUAAGAGACCGUCCCUUCACCAAAGAGCUUACAUUUUAGAUAGACAAGACAGACAAAGGAUGCAGGUGAAGCAGAGAAGUGAAGUGACUACUCCAAGAUCACCAUGCAGGUUAGUGGCAGAGGUGGGAAUAGAUCCCAGUUCUCCAGAGUCACAGAUCAAUGCUGUUUUAACUAGAUCACACAGCUCCCCAUAUUGUGCAAGUUAAUAUUUCUAAAGCACUCAGAUGUCUUUUGAUACAAGAUACUAGUUAAAUCCAAAGUUACACUAGGGAUGGGUAUGGUCUGUUAGCACUAGGUAAGGAAUAAAGUAUCAGAAUAACAGUUCAGAUAGAAUUGAAGUGUCACACCUGCAGCUGAUACAUUUUGAAAUACACUUAAAAUGAAGGAACUGCUUAGCUGCCGAGAAUUCUGAAAGGGGAGGCCACUGUUGCCUCGUGAGACAGUUGUUACCCAAAACAUUCCAUUCAGGAAAAUGUGAUAAUAUAUCAUCCCUUCUGUGUUGUCUUUUCUCCUUUUUAUUAUUAGGUAUACAGGCAUGAAACAGCCUCUCUGUUGCUAAGGUGAUCAGGUAGGUCUUCCUGCUGCUUAUUUCUCUCUUGAAAUCUUAAUCCUCUUUGUGACAUUAAAAUAAUUUCCACAGCAAAUAACUGUGGUCACAAACACAGGAUUACUAUUUCAUGUGAAUAAUAAACCGCAGGAGCAGAUAUUCACAAGCACAAAGGCCCUAGUAAAUUACCCUAGUAAUAAAAACUAUGGAGAAAAAACUUAUGAGUUUAUCAUAAAAAGUAUUCCACAAUAGAAAGUUUCCGUUUCCAUGAGUGCUCACUGUGUCUGAUUGUCAAGAACUGUCCAGCUCAACUAACCUUUGUUACAAUGGCGACUGAUACUCUAUACAAACCUAAAAAAUAUUAAAGGAUUAGAUAAAACAUUUAGAGGUGGGUCAAAACCAGAACCUCAAAUCUACACUCUUUUGAAUAUUGGGUAGAAGGGGUUUUUGGAUUUGAACCCCUGGAUCCAGUUCCUCAUUUCAGUCUGGAUUCUGGGUAGGAUUUCAAGAUGGAAGGGGCCUAUUUUCCCAGUUGCAGAUGCUAUUGAAAUCCCUCAAGAACACCUAUUUCUGUGAGCUCUCAACCCAGAAUGGCAGAAAUCUUGCAAGAACAAUUUUUCCCCAUGAGAUUUUCACUCUUUAAGAUGGUGAAAAUCUCCUGAGAUAUCUAAUCCGCCCAUCACCCUCUCUGUAUCAAUAUAGUUAUUAUAGUGCAUCAACCACUGGAGAGCUGUGAUUUCACACUGAUUUCACCAUUUUGAUCUAAAAUCAUGCAUCAACAGUUCACAAGAUUUUGGUGUACUUGAACCCAACUUAGUACUCUUGUCCUGAUUCAAACUCCACCCCUGAUCUUGAGCCUUAAACUAAUUUGGCUCCAGAUCUGUUCUAAUCUGUCGAUUUGAUCUUUGCUGCUGCCAAAUCGUCGAGUGGAACUACAAAAAGGAUUAUGAAUUCAUGUGAUGACUAAACAGCAGAAGCAAAUAAGUUCCUGAGCAACAAAGUCUUGUUUUCAUACAUACGUUCCAAGGAGUAAAAAAAUGAAGAAAUAAAGGCAAAUAAAUUAUAGAGUAACAGAAUUGUUCCGCAACUGAAUGUUUUUCAAAGUUUUCCAGGAGUCGGUUUGUUAUUUUUAAAAAUCUUCAUGAAAUACCUAGCUCAGUUAAGAUACUAUUCAGCUUUCUAAAUGUGUCAAAUUGUUCUUCUGCUUAAAGACUAUUAUGAAGCGGGAAUCAUUGUGUCAGUCUAGAUAGCAAUUUUUAUGUCAUUAAGUUCUGAUGACAUUUGAAACACAGAGCUGUGUGUACUUGAAAAAUGUGUGGCUACCUCUGAAAGUAUAACAACACAAUUUUUUUAAAAAAAUGUAAUUUGAGAGAAAGGGUUUGUGUAUUCAAGUCUUUACUUCUAUUUUAAUGGAAGAUAAUUUUAUUUCUUUGUAUUUGUAUUUACACUUUCUGGGCUAUUUCAAAGCUUCUGAGAAACAUUUAUGAGGCCAUAACAACAUUGUGCAUAGCCAUUUUAUUGAUUAUGACCAGAUUUAGAAUUUCUAAUUUUGGACAGUUUUUUUCCCUAUUGACAGAUGUGCCCCCCCUCCUUCCCCUAUGAGGUCUUGAAUCUAAUAUUUUUAAACAGACAUUGGCAAUGUAGGACAACCAUAAUUCUCACAAUUUCCCCCUACCUUUUUAGAGCCCAAUCUUUCUCCUGAUCAAAUCGAAAGCAAAAUUCCAAUUGACUUUAGUGGGAGCUGAGUGUACUCCGCAUUUUGCAGAAGUAGGUUAGAUUCCUUAGGAGAAACAGGACAGUGCAGUUUGACAUUUCGUAAGAGUUCUCAGUUUGAAAAACUCAGAAAUAUGCCUAGCAUUUGGCAUCCUCUUUAGAAGCAUCAGCUUUCUGGGGUGAGCAAUAUGGCUACAGCUAUUUCUGUCACAUGUUUAGAACACCAUGUGCUCAUACUUUUAACAAAAUAAGAGCUUCGUUUUUGAAUACUGAAGAAUUUUGUAUGUGUUGUGCGAAUGACUAUUAAAGGCAUGUCACAUGCAUCCUUUUGAACUAAAGCAUGCCACUUGGGCCAUAUCUACGCUAUGGGGACAAUAUUGGGAUAGCUAUGGGUCCAGAGCUAUGCUGGCAUAACCCUGUAGUGUAGCUGCAGCCUACAGCAACAAGAAGGGGUUUUUCUGUCAGUGUAGGCACACAACCACCCCAAGUGACGGUAGCUAGAUCGACGGAAGCAUUCUUCCAUUGCCCUUGUUGCCUCUACACAGGAGGUUAGGUCAGUGUAGCUAUGGUGCUCAGGGUGUGUGUUUUCACACCCCUCAGCAAUGUAGCUACAUCAACCUAAAUUUUAAACGUAGAUCAGCCUACAGCAACAAGAGGGUUUUUUCCAUCAGUGGAGGAACAUCAUCUCCCCAAAAUGCGGUAGCUAGAUUGACAGACGCAUUCUUUCAUUGACAUAGCAGUGUCUACGCUGGGGGUUAGAUCGGCAUAGCUAUGGCAUUCAGGGUUCUGGAUUUGUUACACCCCCUGAGCACAGUAGCUACACUGAUCUACAUUUUAAGUGUUGGCCUGGCCAGAGCAGUGUGGCUACAGCAAGGCCACUAGAGUACAUACCCAGGGUCCCAGGUGGGCUUGAUCAGUGUGCGCUGCUGUCCCUGCUGCCGUAGCUUUGCUUCUAUUGUUCUUUGAGUUAGCUAGAUCAAAGGUAGCUCAGGUAUGUAUACACAUGCUUUGGUCACACCUCUGAGCUCAGUGUAGACAUACCCUAUGUCCACACUCCAUCGCCCCCUUGUGUGGAUGCAGCAUAUGCUGACAGAAGGAGUUCUGACGGUAUCGGAACAUCACCUCCCUGAAUGACAUUAGCUAUGCAGACAGAAGGCCUUUUUUGCUGGCCUUGCUAUGUUGCUAGCGUAUGUGUUUCUUUCACUCACCUGACCAAGAGAGCUAUGCUGGUGGUGUACGUUUUAAGUGUAGACCAGGCCAUAUCCUCAGUGUUUUAAAGAAUCAGGCCAUUUUAAGUGUGCAAAAAAUGGAGGCUACUGCAAAGAGAAGCUUUCAAUUCUUCAAAUUUUGCCACUGUAUUUUUAAGUUCUGAUCUCUCUAACUUGAAAACUACAACAGAUGCCAUUCAAAGGAGAAUGUCUGGAAACCAUUUUAGCAUUUUCAGAAAAUGAAUGUAUCCAAAGCUUGAAACCUGUUAUUUCUCCCAACCCCCCAGCAGAAGCCUGACAGUCUGGGUACAUCAGAGUUGAGUGUGACUAAGAAUGAACCAAAUAAAUGCUACUGAAUUUUAA